AGGAGCGAGAAAGGGGUAUCUAUGGAUACACAGGAGCGUAGUGUCUUCCGCAUUACGUUAUUUAGCGCGACGGGCAAUUUUAACCAGCAAAAUGGCGUCUGGGAGCGGGGCAAAGAAUACAGACUUCCGAAAGAAGUGGGACAAAGAUGAGUAUGAGAAACUUGCCCAAAAGCGAAUCACAGAAGAACGAGAAAAGAAAGAUGGCAAACCUUUACAGCCCCCUGUUAAGCGAGAGCUUCUCAGACACAGAGACUACAAGGUGGAUUUGGAAUCCAAGCUGGGAAAAACUAUUGUCAUCACCAAGACCACCCCGCAGUCGGAGAUGGGAGGAUAUUAUUGUAAUGUGUGCGACUGCGUUGUGAAAGAUUCAAUUAACUUCCUGGACCAUAUCAAUGGCAAAAAACAUCAAAGGAACUUGGGAAUGUCCAUGAGGGUGGAACGUUCGACAUUGGAUCAGGUUAAGAAGCGAUUUGAAGUAAAUAAGAAGAAGAUGGAAGAAAAACAAAAAGAUUACGAUUUUGAAGAGAGAAUGAAGGAGCUUCGGGAAGAGGAAGAAAAAGCACGUGCAUAUAAAAAAGAGAAGCAACGAGAAAAGAAACGGAAAGCAGAAGAAGAUCUGGGAUUCGAGGAAGAUGAUGAAAUGGCUGCUGUUAUGGGUUUCUCAGGCUUUGGCUCCUCCAAAAAGGGUCACUGAUGUAACUUUAACGCAGCAUUCUUAUUUUUUUUUAUUUUUAGAGAAAUGUCUUUUUAUAUGGAAGCAGAGCUCCUUUUUUUAGUGUGCAGUAUUCUUCACGCAGCAGAGUGUUAUAGGCAUCUGCACAGAGCUCUAUCAAACACUCUUAAUGACCAGUACUGUGAUAAAAAAUAAGUUUUUUGUUUUUUAAACCUGACAACCACAUCCAGUGAUGAGAUAAUCAACAAAAUCGUGGCUCUUGGUUGACAAAAUAAAUCCUGCAAAGUUCUAAAUUAGAAGCCCUCUGGAUUCGGGAAGCAAUCCAAAUUAUAUUUAAACCAUUGCAGAAGAAAUAACUUCAACCUCUAGAGGGGGCUGUUCUGUCACCCAUUAAAGCUUUGUUUCCUAUAAAAAGACGGUUUUGUUGGUUAUAUGAGUGCCGACAGAAUUCUAACCGCACAGAUUUUGGGUUUGUACUGAACUUCAGGACGGGUUGUGAUCCUUUUUACUGCUUGCGUGGAUUUCAGCUCUUGAGAAAGGCACGUUCCUCAAAUCCAGCUGGCUGUUUCUUCCAGGAAGCAAAAUUGGACCUUCACAGGGAUUUGUUUUUUUGCCCACUUCGGACUUCUCGGCGACAUUUAUAGGACUGCCUAUCUGGACACCGUUUUCUUGUAACCUGUAUAAAUAAAUCAGAUUUGUUUCUUUUA